CACACAUUGCCCAACCCAACUUUAUAAAUUCCUCUGAGAAUUCCCAACAGCAAACGGAUAAUCAAACUCAAGUCGGCAGCGCAGCGACAAUGGAAGUUGAACCGGCGUCCGCGACUCUCCCCCAGGCGGCACCAGCAAUAACAACAACAACAAUGGGAUUCCCCUCAUUCACUUCAGCGAGCAGCUCCAAAUCCCGAAAAUUCCGACGCAGGCCGGUGGAAGAUGAUGACGAGCCUACUCCUACCCCUGCUACUGGUGCUGGUACUACUAUUACCACUGCUGCUAUUACCACUACCCCAUCACUGCCUUCGCUAGCUACAACCACAGAUACUGCCUCUGUCAUCCCGCCUGCCCCACCCUCCCCACAAUCUUCCAGCGCCGAAGGCUCGGAACCAACUCCCAGCCUAACGGAGAUCCUCCGCCUCCGCAAGAAAAUUGCGCGAACCUCCGCGCUCAGGGGGCUGGAAGUCUCGGCUCCAAAGCACACCCCGCAAGCACCCGCCCAGAACCCGGAAGUUGACGAGAGCGCUGCUGUGAAGGUGGCGACAGAGGUGGAAUUGGAGGCUGUGGUGAACAGGUUCACGCAUCAGACGGGGCAGAUUCUAGAUGUGGAUAAGCAUAUGAUGGCGUACAUUGAGAGUGAAAUGAGUAAGCGGCGGGGUCAGCAGGGUGGAGAUGGAUCUGGAGGAGGAGGGAACGCUGGUGUUAGUGGUGGAGGAGGGAGUGGUGGUGGCAAUGCUAGCGGUGGAGUUGGUGAGGAGGGUACCAAAUCCGCAUACUGGACCCCAGUAGUCCCCGAAGGCCGCGGCGCAACAUUGGGAAAACUCCACGAGGUUGACCUCGGUGAGGAAGCGAAAAAACACAACAUAGCCAGAACCCAAGAAGCCACCCGCCGCCUGCAAGGCGGUGAGGAAAUUGAAGACGACCUCUCCACUGCACCUAGCACAUCAACUACCAAUAACAUCCCUGGCCGGAAGAAGCUGAAGAACCGCCGACGCAGGAAUAGCCAAGACGUACAAAGAGAUAAACUCGUCGAGGAAGUCCUUAAAGAGAGCAGACUGGAAAUGUACACAGACCCGGACCCAACCGAAGACCAGCGCGAGAGCGAAGGCGCAGCCGACGACCGCAUCGCCGAGAAAUUCCGUCGGGAAUUUCUCGACGCGCUAAUGACUCGCCGCCGGCGUCGUGGUGGAGACGGGAAGAAGAAGCGCGACGAGAAUAAGAAGCCGAGAGGUCCCAAACUUGGCGGGAGUAGACAAGCUAGGGCUGCCAUGCGUGAGAGUCAGAAUGCCGCCGCUGGGGGUUCGGGGACUGGGAAGAAGAAGAAGUGAACAUGACAUUGGAAGGGAAGAAGUUUGUAUAGAUGUUUUUAUUUUUUUUUGUGGCUCUUGAUGGGAUGGCGUUUUUUUGCGUGUCGUGUGUUGCGGUUUGUUCGCUUGGUGCUGGAGGGUUUUU